GCUCUACGUGGCUCUGCCGCCUAUUCUGUCGGGUUGUGAGCUGUACCGACCUCGGAAGUGAUAGGAAGGACGCGGGGGACCCAGGAAACCUAGAAAUGGACUCAGUGGCCAUUGAGGAUGUGGCUGUGAACUUCACCCCAGAGGAGUGGGCUUUACUGGAUCCUUCACAGAAGAAACUCUACAGAGAUGUGAUGUGGGAAACUUUCAGGAACCUGGCCUCAAUAGGAAAAACAUGGAAACAUCAUGACAUUGAAGAUCAGUACAAAAACCAGGAGAGAAAACUAAGAAGUCGUAUGGUAGAGAGACUCUGUGAAAGUGAAGAGGGUAGUCAAUGUGGAGAAAACGUCAUCCACAUUCCAAAUCUCAAUCUGAACAAGAAAACUACUGCAAAACCAUGUAAGUGCAGUUUAUGUGGAAAAGUCUUCAAGCAUCAUUUAUCACUUAAUAGGCACGUUAGAUGUCACACUGAACACAAAUCAUAUGACUAUCAAAAAUAUGGAGAGAAGCCAUAUAAAUGUAAGGAAUGUGGGAAAGCCUUCCGUUUUCCCAGUUUUCUUCAAAGACAUGAAAGAACUCACACUGGAGAGAAACCCUUUGAAUGUAAAAAAUGUGGUAAACCACUCAGUUCUUCCAGGUCUCUUCAAAUACAUGAAAGAACUCAUACUGGGGAGAAACCCUAUGAAUGUAAAAAAUGCAAUAAAGCAUUCACUACUUGCAGUUCUCUUCGAAAGCAUGAAAGAAUUCAUACAGGAGAGAAACCCUAUGAAUGUAAGGAAUGUGGGAAAGCCUUUACAGACCCCUCAAGUCUUCGAUCACACAUGAUCUGUCACACUGGAGAUGGACCUUAUAAAUGUAAGGAAUGUGAGAAAGCAUUUAUUUCUCCCAGUGCCUUUCGAGUACAUGAAAGGAGUCACACUGGAGAGAAACCAUAUGAUUGUAAAAAUUGUGGUAAAGCAUUCAGUGAUCCCAGAACUUUUCGAAUACAUGAAAGACGUCACACUGGAAAGAGACCUUAUAAAUGUAAGGACUGUGGGAAAGCCUUUAUUGCUCUCAAAAACCUUCGAGUACACAUGAUCACUCACACUGGAGAUGGACCUUAUAAGUGUAAGGAAUGUGGGAAAGCCUUUAUUGCUCCCAGUUCAUUCCGAAUACAUGAAAGGAGUCACACUGGAGAGAAACCCUAUGAAUGUAAGGACUGUGGCAAAGCCUUUAUUGCUCUCACAAGCCUUCGAGUACACAUGAUCACGCACACUGGAGAUGGACCUUAUAAAUGUAAGGAAUGUGGGAAAGCCUUUAUUGCUCCCAGUGCUGUUCGAGUACAUGAAAGGAUUCACACUGGAGAGAAACCCUAUGAAUGUAAGGAAUGUGGGAAAGCCUUCAGUUCCUAUGCUAACUUAAAAAACCACAAAAGAACUCACACAGGACGGACACCCUUUGUAUGUAAGGAAUGUGGUGAGUCUUUUAUUUCUCUUCAAGUUUUCCAAAUACAUGAAAGAAAUCACAGUAGAGAGAAAUUCUAUGAGUGUAAAAAGUGCAAUAAAGCACUGACUUCUUCCAGUUCUCUUCGAAGACAUGAAAGAAAUCAUGCUAGAGAGAAACCCUAUGAAUGUCAAAAAUGCAGUAAAGCAUUCUGUUAUCCCAGUUCUCUUCGAAAACAUGAAAGAAGUCACACUGGAGAGAAACCCUAUGGAUGUAAGGAAUGUGGGAAAGCCUUUGUAACUCCCUUUAGCCUUCGAGCACACAUGAUCACUCACACUGGAGAUGGACCUUAUAAAUGUACGGAAUGUGAGAAAGCAUUUAUUUCUCCCAGUGCCGUUCGAGUACAUGAAAGGAGCCACACUGGAGAGAAACCCUAUGCAUGUAAAGAAUGCAAGAAAGCAUUCACUUCUUCCACUUCUCUUCAAGUACAUGAAAGAACUCAUACGGGAGAGAAACCCUAUGAAUGUAAAGAAUGCAGUAAAGCAUUCAGUUGUACCAGGUCUUUUCGAGUACAUGAAAGAUUUCAUACUGGAGAGAAACCCUAUGAAUGUAAAAAAUGCACUAAAGCAUUCACUACUUCUAGUUCUCUUCGAGUACAUGAAAGAGUUCAUACAUGAGAGAAACACUAUGAAUGUAAGGAAUGUGGGAAAGCCUUUAUGGAUUCCUCAAACCUUUGAUCACACAUGAUGAUUUUCAUGGAAGAUAGACCUUAUAAAUGUAAGGAAUGUGAGAAACCAUUCAUUUAUCUCAGAUUGCUUCAAAGACAUGAAAGAAGUCACACUGGGGAGAAACCCUAUGAAUGUAAAGAAUGUGGAAAAGCCUUCAGUUCUCAUCAAAGUUUCCAAAUCAGAAAUCAUACUGGAGAAAAACUGUAUGAAUGUGAAAAAUGUAGUAAAGCAUUUAGUUUUUCCAGUUUUUUUGAAGACAUGAAAGAACCUGUUGGAGAGAAACCCUGUGAAUGACAGGAAAGUGGGAAAGCCUUUAUUUCUCAUGCAAACUUUUGAGGACAUGGGAGACUGCACACUAGAGGAAAAACCAUAUAAAUAUAAUGAAUGUGGGGAAAGCCUUUUGUCAGCCCAGUUCUCUCUGAAGGCAUG